GGAUCGUAGUAGUAGUGCGUUUUGACACGUGCUCGCUGCGAGAACUCUCGUGACCCGAAGAAAUUCAAGCUUCACGGCUAUGAGAAAAAGUGUAUGUCAAAAAUAAUACCUGGCGAAACGUCAAAUACUGUUAAAUUUGGAAGUUGCAUUCGAAUAUGAUUUUGUGCGUGCAGACAAAUUGAAAAUUUAAACUAGGUAUAUCCGCAAGAGUGCGACGCGUGCGCAAACAAGGAGUACUUAAAAAUACAAACACAAAUAUCGCGAUGGCCGGAGAACGAUGAGGCCCUGAGCGCUCUCUGUGCCGGGUAUUACGGCCGCAGGGCCCCCAACCAGGCCCAGUCAGGUUCACGCUCCCCAAGUCCGAGGCCCGAGCCGACCCGACUGGCCUCACGGUUCGACACCAGCCAACUCGGUUGUCAACACGCGAGCCAGCCGCCUCAGGAUGAGCAAGCUGUCGUUCAGGGCCCGCGCCCUGGACGCUUCCAAGCCCAUGCCGAUUUACAUGGCCGAAGAAUUGCCGGAUCUGCCAGAUUAUUCGGCCAUUAAUCGUGCUGUGCCCCAAAUGCCCAGCGGCAUGGAAAAGGAGGAGGAAUGUGAACAUCACUUGCAAAGAGCAAUAUGCACAGGUCUAAUCAUUCCUACCCCAGAAGUAACUGAUUUGACAGAUGUAGAAGCUUAUGAUAAGAUCUAUCCAGCUGAUUAUAAGCUGCCUCGUCAGCUUAUACAUAUGCAACCUUUUGCAAUGGAGCAAGAUAUUCCAGAUUAUGAUAUGGAUUCAGAGGAUGAAAAAUGGGUUGCAGUACAAAGUCGUAAGAUGGACUUAACUCCUCUUCAAUUUGAAGAAAUGAUGGAUCGUUUGGAGAAAAGUUCAGGGCAAACUGUAGUCACUCUAAAUGAAGCUAAAGCUCUUCUAAAGGAGGAUGACGAUUUAAUUAUUGCCGUUUUUGAUUACUGGUUGAAUAAACGUCUUAAAACACAACACCCCCUUUUAUUAUCAGUAAAAACAGAGCAUCGGUUUGGUUCGGCUGCCAAUAAUCCUUAUUUAGCAUUUAGACGUAGAACCGAAAAAAUGCAAACACGUAAAAAUCGUAAAAAUGAUGAAACUAGUUACGAAAAAAUGCUGAAGCUCCGUAGAGAUCUUAGUAGAGCAGUUACUCUUCUUGAAAUGGUUAAAAGAAGGGAAAAAACCAAACGAGAACAUUUACAUCUUACAAUCGAAGUUUAUGAAAAAAGAUAUCAGGCACAGGACUUCAAUGGACAAAUAUUAGCGGAAGUAUCAGCGUUGAAGACACCGAGGCCAGCUUUUGCUCCACUAUUUACAAAUCAAUUUGGUGUUCAUCAAAAUUGGGCGAAUAAAGUUUGUAGUAAAGACGAAGUAGUACCCAGGAAAGAAAAAAGACAAUACAAGAAACGGAAACAUAAAACUGACAGUAGAGGGGGAAGUUUGGACGAUAGCGGAGUACGUGGUGGAACAGGUAGCGGUGGUGGUCGGGGAAGUCGGCCUGGUGUUCUUGGAGGCGGGCUGGACCCGCUAAUGAGCUCAGACGAAGAUAGUCCACUUCCAUCUCACUCGCAUUCUCAGCCCUCGGUCUCCUCGGAUCGCGACGAUGAAGACACCGCUGAUGAGGGUCAAUUUGCUUUCCGACGGAAUAGAAAUAGCACUUAUUUACCACCUGUAUCAGGUGGAUUUGGAAAUUGGCCUUGGUGUGAUAAAAGCGAAGGGGGCUUGGCCGAUAAGAAGUAUAGGUUUGCGCUGACCAGCAUUAGCAAACCAGUACCACGGUGUAUUGGUUUUGCACGACGACGAGUUGGUCGGGGUGGCAGAGUAAUAUUGGACCGUUGUGCGACCGAUAUGGAUGAAAUGUGGUCUUCUUUAGACUUCACGAUACAUCAACCGAAACGAGAACCAGUGGAUUCUGACAUAACUACCGCAUCAACUCCAGUUAAAAAAGAAUGGUUACAUUUCCGACCAAAGACUCCGCCUGUGUCAGUGUAUAGUCCAAGCGAAGAAAGUAGCGAUACGGACUCGGAUUUAGAGCAAACGUCGUCUCAACCGAAACCGCUUCCGUACCCGUUCCCACCAGAGGCAACGUCUAUCUGCGUGGAAGUAGAACCUGAACGGUCAGGAGAGGAGCCACCUUUCACGUCGGAAUUCAAUAUCGCAGAUUAUUUUUCGGUGGACACUUUGUCGGACUUCGACCUUGCUGUGGCGAGUAUCACCGGUAGUGCGUGCGUUAGUGGACUGUCAGACAAUAACUCUAGCGAUUCGCGGACAGACGAGCUGGGCAGUUCACAUUUCGUUGUGACUACUCUACCUAGCAGUCUUUUUGCACAGCCCGCGACACAACAGAGUCGGCCUCAGUGCAGUGGUAGUGGUUCUAGUGUUGUAAAUACUUCUACGAGUUCUACAAUCCCAUCGUCUUUCUCGUGUACGACCAAUCAACCGACUACUUCAAGUACGGUAUCUACGCAAUGUACAAGUACUGCUACCGAGACACAGUCGAAUCAAUCUAAGCAACAACACAGACAAUUUCCAAACAAUAGCAGUUCCGCCUCCAUUCUAUCUAAGUCCUUGACUAGUCCAACAAAUAAUAGGAAUGGCGGUAACUGCGGCAGUGGUAGUGCUGGAGUCAGAGUGUUCAGUGCGAGUACCACAGCUAGUGGAACGAUAACGAACUUCGGUAAUGGGCAUCAAAAUGGUCCAUUGCCACAUAUAAACAACUCUAAUAAUCUUUCAAAUAGCACUCAUGUCGUGAAUAAUCAGUCAACGAUAGUUCUGCCGCAAAAACAUCCGCCGUCCAAUCUGCUACCUGGCUUGAUCGCGCAGAGCAAAUUGGCGAGUCUUGCAAGGCAGCAACAACAGACGCAAAGUCAGACGCAACAAAUCCCAACGUCCGGGGAAAUUACGCUUAAUAGUAAUAGUGAAAAUUUGGAUAUGGAGGUGGAUGGAGUGGAAAAUGCAGCAUGCGACGGUAAGCCGCAGCAGCAGCAACUUGUUCGAGCAAACAAAACAAAUUCAUUAGCAAUGGAAGUGACAUGAUGCCUGCUAUCGGCACCCCUGUUGCCGCCAAUACGUCACUGGGGGCUUCGUUAAUUUUACCUUGCCUAUGUCUGUCUGACUUCGGAGACUGGACAAGUACUACGUGCUUGUUGAUACAAAAUAUUAAAAAAAAAAAAAAGCGGUACGGCUAGAUUCGAUUGCAGAAAUGCUCUGAUUAGUUGCCUGUGGUGGCGAUGACGACGGAUUAGUGUCGAUUCCAUUGCAAGUAUCAAGUUAUCUUGAUUACAAGACGAUUGUGCUUUAAUUUAUUUUUCUAAGUUGUUUGUUUCCUUGCUCAUUGAACAACCACUUCACUUUCUUUAGUACAUUAAAUUGAUACUAGCUUUUGGCUAACGUUAUUACUCUUUUCUUGAUAAAAAUUAAUUCUUUAAAAGGAUGUAAUAAGUAAAUAUUGAAAUGAUAACGUGGGAUAUUAUCUAUUACCUAAAAAAGAAGAAGAAAAAAAAAAAAAAUUAAAAGGAUAAAAUUUUGUUCAGCGCAAGGGAACUUUUAUACUUGACAAAAUUAUCAUUGAUUCUAAUAUACUGAAAACUCGGCAGAACUCCUUUGUCAUUUUUUACUCAUAUGUAAGUAAUAAUACUUGAACAUCUCUAGUGCAAUUAUUAUCUUCAUAACGCAAGCUUCCUCAAACACAGCGUUGAUUAUUUUAUUGCGAAUUACAGUCUUUUCUAAAAUUUGGAGUUUAUCAAAACACAAUAUUUCUGGCUGUACAUUCACGAUUGUAAAGUUGAUUUAAAAGAUAUAUGCUAAGUAUAAUUGCUUUCUAUGAAAAAUGUACAUAAGCGUCUUAUAAAUAUUUUAAUAAUUAUAUUGUGUUGCCUAUUUCAGUGACCUCAGAGUAGAAUAUUUUGAUUAUUUCAUAAUGUAUAUAAAUUCAGUUUAAUUGUAAUAAAAUGUUUAAUUUACUUCUUAUUACAAAGUAAUAAUAUGUUAAAGGCUUUCAGGCUGUGAAAUAAUCAAACUAUCAUUAAUGAUAAUUUUCUUUGAAUUAGCAUUAAAAUUAUACAAAUAAUAAAGAAUCUUUUAAUAAUUUCAUUGAUCACUGAACUAUGCAUUUUUAUUUUAGUAGUGCAUAAUGAAUCAGCCCUUAUACGAGUACAUGGAACUGUAGCAUUUAAAUUUAGAUUCUGAUGUUGUGUUUAGGAAGCUUGCAUUAUAAAAAUUUAUAUUAUAAACUGACAAAUUCAUGACAUUAUGUUAGGAUUUAUGAUAUUUGCAAGAAACGUAUUCAAAUUUUUAAGCCUUUCACUUUAAUGGAUACAAACCAUGGAAAUAAUAACGGUUGAUUAAUUCAUUUGCCAUACAAAAUAUGAAACAGUCAGUCUUUUCCUUUUGUACAACAAAUGGAUGUACCAUAAAAGUAUCUCAUUAUUUUAAUACUUUGUAGCAGGGUUACAGUAACGAACACGAAUUCCUUAUGAUCAAUCGACACAGCAUAUACAAGUUAGAACAAAAGCUAAAUCUAUGUUUAAGCUUUAAAUAAACAACUUAAAUCCCUGCUUAGAACAGAUAAAUAUUACAUUAAAAAAUGAUGCUACCACUAAAAGAAAAGUUAUUUGUUCGGUUGUACUUUUAUGAUUUAUUGUAGUCAAAUCGUUUGUGAAAUCGAUUGGUACAGCUAUAGAAAAACCGCGAUCAAAGGUAUUUUUGCACACUUUCUCGCAUAUAUGUAGUUCAUAUGUUUUAUUACACAAUCUUACUGAUAAAUUUCGAUUACUUUUAAAAAAGACCAACACUGAAAUAUUAACGGAAUCUGCGCACAUUUUUUACGUGCGUUAUUCUCUUCCUCUUAGUCUUUCUAUAUUAUUGUCUCCCAUUCCAUAUCAAUAUUAAGAACAUAGUAAUAUAACAUAAGAAUUGAACAAAAAAGUAAGUUGGCAAAAAAAAAAAAUGGACAAUAUUGUAAUUUGAAAAUCAGUAAAAUGGAAAAAGUAAAUUUUUCUUUAAUGCAAUCACGUAUUUCAUAUUUCUGUGUGGCUAAUAGAAGCUGUGCAUGUAUAAAAAUAAAUGAAGAAUAGUUAUUCGAAAUAGACUCUCAGAUGUAUGAGUUUUAAACUGACGAAAUUUAAGAGUAUCUGUCACAUAAUUUUUUAUAAUUCUUUAGAACAGGUUUCAGUUAUCUGUUAUUCAGUUAAAAUUCGUAGGCACUGAUCGAGAUAAAUAUCCUAGGCAUUUGGAUCGAAGAUUUAUAAUUUAAAUUGUAUUAUAAAUGGUAAUGGCAAAGUGUUUCGGAUAGUCAUUGAUUUUCGGGACUUGAAGCACAGAAAUUUCUUUCGAGCAUGCAAUAAGAAAGCUUUUUUCGCGAGCCGUAACGCGAAAUCAAGAAAGAAAUAAAAUUAAUGGUGCAAAUAUUGCAAAUUCUAGGAAGACUUCAUGAAAUCAUAAUAAGAAAGAAAGAAACAAACAAACAAAAAAGAUAUAUUGUACAUAUAAAAAUAAUUACGCUUAUUGUAUCUCUUACUUUUAGGUAAUUAACUAAAAAAUAACUGUAAUUAAUGUUGUUGUGGUAGGCGCACAGCGAUGUGUAUGAAAAUUUAUGAAUUCGGGACGAUUUUAGAGGAGGAGUAAUAAAGAAAUUUUAUCCUGGAUAGGACUUAUUAUUUUGUUAAGAACUUCACUCGCCUGUAUAUUAUAUAACAUUUUGUGAAAUCUAAUUUCUGCCACAUUUGUACAUAUUUUAGAUAUCUGAUUAUUUCUCUCGUUUUUCUCAAAUUCACCGUUGUGCGUGAAAUGUUUUCUCAUUAAAAAUAAAACAAAAAAAAAUGUAUUCACGCACUUGGGAUUACGCUUUGGGAUAUUUGCUUUUCAUUCUUGUUUUUUCUUUUGUAUUCAUUUUUUUGAUUUUCUUCAUACAAUUCAACUGCAUUACAAGAAAAAAGAAAAAAAAAAAGAAAAAAGAUCUUCCGCCAUACAUAUGAUUUUGAGAAGAACGAGCGAUAUGCGGAAAUAAUUUCCAAGAAUGUACUUGUAAAAACCAUUUGUUUAUUUUAGUUGGAACGCUUUAAACGAAAUAUAGUGGUACAUGGAUUUUUAUAUAAAAAUUUAUUAAUGUUAAAAAUAUUGACCCAAUAGCCACUUUACAAAUAAAACGUCGAAAAUCUUCAAAGUUUGAUCGCUCCAACCAAAGACUGAGUUCGCUUUACAUUUUCUGAUUUGGCAAACACGAAAUUCCACUGACAGAAAGGCCGAUAUCGUAUAUUUUGUCAUUGAUUUAUUUACUGUGAGUAAACUAACGGUAGUUAGAGUAUUACUUAGCAAUAUUCGCAAAAUGUUUGAUUAUUUAAAGAGAGUUUUAGUAAUUUAUGUAGUUAGCUGAUGAGAUUAUAAGAAAAAAAGAAAAGAAAGAAAUUCGGUCAAAUUUGAAUCGUGAGGACUUCGUGUUUACCUAAUUCGUUGCAUUCGUGGAAAACAAUACUGUAUCAUGUAAGUAGAAGUAAGCCGAAUCAAUGCAACUAUUUAGAGCGAUCGAACAAGACCUAUUAAUCGUUUCGUGUAAAAGAAAAAAA